AUAGAAACGGGCACUUGCGUGAUCAAUGUAUGAGUCAGCUGCGUGGUAAGCAAAGGGUACUAUACGAAUUACCAUGCUGGCCCGGGCCAUCCGUCGUUAUCAGCCUGGUAUGUGUUGAAGACUGGCCUUAAUCUGCAACCAUGUAGCUAUAAAUCCGGGACAUCGCUCUCUUCAUCCAACUAGUACACCAUGUCCAUCCCUCCAUUCGAUUCCACUGCCUACUCCACCUAUACCCAACCACCCAAUCCAUCCUGGACGUACGGCCAGAAAAUCGAUUCCACUCCUGCCGGAAGAGCCUGGCUCGCAGGUGAAUCUGCAGGGUGGAAAGUCUAUGACACAGCAGAGACAGACAAGACCGAACUCUACAAGCUCUUGAUUUCAGGCAUCGUACCACGCCCCAUCGCAUUCGUGUCCACGAUCACCGAUGAGGGCGUCACGAACAACCCGCCUAUAAUCUCAUUCGCAUGCAACCACAGCGCUCCGGGCCGCCUCAAAGACACGGCCGCGAACUUGAAGAACAGCCAAGGGUUCACCGUGAACAUCAUCAGCGAGCCAUUCGUCGAGAAUGCAAACGCAACUGCUAUAGACGCUCCUCCCGGCUUCGACGAAUGGUCUAUCAGUGGUCUGACAAAGGAGAAAUGUGUGCAAAUCAAAGCAUCCCGCCUCUACAAAUCCAUAGAUAUCACCCACCCAGUCACGGGCGAGCAAAGCAGCACGCUCAUCCUCGCGCACGUCAAGUACAUCCACGUACGCAAAGACGUGCUCACAGACAGAGGUGUCAUCGACCUCACAAAGUUCAGGCCCGUCGCGCGUUUGGGUGAUAUCUCAUAUGCGCGCGUUGGAGACGCAUACAGGCUCGCCCGUCCAACAUGGGCGCAGGAGGAGACGAAGAUACAGGACGCGUUGGCGACUCUUGCAUCACUAUGAAAUAGAACGAAAGAGGUAGCGUGCCGUUUAUUGGUAAUAUAUACCAUAGCCUAUAGGAUGGGGAAUGUAUAUCAGCAUCCAUUAUUUAUGUCAUCCACGCGUGAGAGGAUGGGGCCGAACUUCGUCGGCAGGAACCUUAGUAAACA